UUUUCUCUCUCUCCUGAGUCUUGACAGCUUCGGUUUCUCUCUCCUGAGUCGAUCCAUUCGCACAGAACAGAAGUGUAUCCCUGUCUCCAUUCCUAGGCUACAAUGUUGUCGUUGAUGUUCAGGUUCAGAAUCUCUCCGGUUCUUUCUUUACCAUCACUCUCAAGAACCCUUCACUGUCACUCUCAAAAUGCUCCUUCCAAUUUCAAUGUUGAUGAUGCCGUCGUUUUGUUCAACCGCAUGCUCCAAAUGCGUCCUUCUCCACCCAUUAUCGAGUUUAACAAGAUUUUAACUUCCCUCGUCAAGACAAAGCAUUACUCCACUGCCAUUUCCUUUUCUCAACAAAUGGAAUUCAGCAGAGUUAUGCCUGACUUAAUCACUUUCAACGUCUUCAUCAAUUGUUACUGCCAUCUACUUCAGCUCACUUCUGCUUUUUCUGUACUCUGCAAGAUUUUCAAGAUGGGUUAUCAGCCUGAUACCAUCACCUUCACUACACUUAUCAUAGGUCUCUGUCUUCAAGGUGAGGUUCAGAGAGCACUGUGCUUUCAUGAUGAGGUUGUUGCACAAGGAUUUUCGUUGAAUCAAGUUAGUUACGGGACCUUGAUCAAAGGGUUAUGUAAAAUGGGACAUACAGGACCUGCACUGCAAUUGCUGAGACAGAUCCAAGGGAAGUUGGCUCAACCUAAUGUGGUAAUGUUCAACACAAUCAUUGAUAGCUUGUGUAAAGAUAAACUUGUAAGUGAUGCCUAUGAUUUAUACUCUGAAAUGUUUGCCAAGAGAAUUGCACCUACUGUUGUCACUUACACUACUCUAAUAUCUGGCUUUUGCAUUGUGGGUCAAAUGGAAGCAGCAAUUGGUUUGUUAAAUGAAAUGGCAUUGAAAAACAUCAAUCCAGAUGUUAUUACCUUUAAUAUAUUAGUUGAUGCUUUAUGCAAGGAAGGAAAGGUGAAAGAAGCCAAAAAUGUGUUAGCUGUGAUGAUCAAAAAAGGGGAAAAACCUGAUGUUGUUACUUAUAGUUCUUUGAUGGAUGGGUAUUGCUUAGUUAAUGAAGUAAACAAGGCCAAAGAUAUAUUCAAUGAGAUGACCCGAAGGGAAGUGACCCCUAAUGUUCAGAGCUACAAUAUUAUGAUUAAUGGAUUAUGUAAGAUUAAAAGGGUUGAUGAUGCCUUGUAUCUCUUUAAACAAAUGCAUCCCGAAAAGAUAAUUCCUAAUGUUGUAACUUAUAGUUCUCUUAUAGAUGGUUUGUGCAAAUCAGGGAGAAUAUCUGAUGCUUGGGAUCUUGUUGAUGAGAUGCAUUGUAGAGGUCAACCACCUGAUGUAAUCACAUACAAUUCUUUAUUGGAUGCUUUAUGCAAAAGCCAUCAUGUUGACAGGGCAAUUUCUUUGAUCAAGAAAAUGAAAGACCAGGGUCUUCAACCUUCGAUGCACACAUACAAUAUACUUAUGGAUGGACUAUGCAAAGCAGGCAGAGUUGAGAAUGCACAAGAGGUUUUUCAGGAUCUUUUAAUUAAAGGCUACAAUUUAGAUGUACGGUCGUAUACAAUUAUGAUUAAUGGGCUUUGUAAAGAGGGCUUGUUUGAUGAAGCAUUGACACUGAUGUCAAAAAUGGAAAACAACGGUUGCAUCCCUAACGCUGUAACUUAUGAAAUAAUAAUUCGUGCUCUCUUUCAAAAAGGUGACAAUGUUAAGGCAGAGAAGCUUCUCCGUGAAAUGGCUGCUAGAGGUCUAUUGUAAGAGUAAAACUAGGUAAGGUGCUUUUGAGCCUGACGUAAAUUUUCUCACCAAUGUAUUGUCUCUACAUAAUCUACUUUAUUUAUUUAUUUUCCUAUCAGUGAUCAUUGCUAGUGUUUCAGAUAACAAACCUGUCAAACCAAGCUGAAACUUAAAUGAUUGAUUAUUGGGAAUGAUUAAUCUCUUAUAACAGUUGACUCUAUUUACUCCAAACUAUUAAUAGGUGAACUUGAAAUUUCUUCAUUUUUAAUUUAUUAUGGGUUUGUGUUGUUUUCAUUUGUUAUCUUAGUUUGCGAGCUGUUUUUGGCUUCAGGGUCUUAGUGUUUUUAGCAUUUUCAAAUUUAUUAAUAAUCAUUGUUGUCUGGUGUAGUUCAGAUUGGAGUCAGUAGCAUUAAAAUCUAGUAAACUACUUUUGUUUUCCUUUCCGUCUAAGUUUCUAGUACAAACAUACGAGCAGAAGCAAGCUUCACAUAUUUUAUUUACAACCAGAUUCUACCCUUUGCAUUAUACAUGAUAUUAAAGUAAUGGAGAGACUAAGGGCAGGUGGAAAGUGUACAUAGGGUAUUGAGUUCACAAAAGGAGGAACAAAACAAUUGGACUGGGUCUGGAUGUGCAACUUGAUCGACCUUCUGGUGACCGAAUCUGUCAUUUAUUUGUCAUUGUGCCUUCAUCUCCCAUACAUCUUUGAGAUAAUCUCAUCUUAUAUAAAUGAGUAGAUUUCGUCACGCAUUAAUCAGCCAGCUUCAUGCUAUGCCUUAAGUCAGGUAUCUGUGCAAAUUUCAUGUUUUCUUAUUUGCGUUGUUGUCUGUCUGUCUUUUGGUUUGCCUGGUCUACUUUACUAGAUUUGAUGAAAGUUUAAUGAUGUGCCCGAUGGAGAAGUGGUAGUCUGCUUAUUGCUUACUGUCAAGUGUCAAUGUCAUGUUUUCCCUCCUUUUUACUGCCCCUUCUCAUGUUCUGUAUCUUGAUUAUUGUGUGAGAACACACACACACAUAAAUGCAAAAUGCUGAAUGGCACAAAUGACAAAUCUAAUAUGGCAUGAAAUACAGGAAUCUCUGCCUUCUCAGUUCUCAUGACACACUUUCUGUGAAUAUCUCUAUAUCUUUGCUGUUUUGUUUUUCCUCCUCUAGUUACUCUCUCCUUUUUCCUCCCUUUCUCUUUUGUCCAGAUUUUGUUUUCCACUUCAGGUCACCAUCCUCUCUUUGUUUUUCACAGUUUCUGCUCUCCCUUUCAAAUCCAGACCUGUUGCAAACUUGCUAUUAACCUUUGUUUUCUUCCUCUUAAUCGUAAUGGGCUUAAUGCUGUAGAAGGGCUUGGCAGAACAGAGAUUGUGUUUGUCUUAGGUAUUAACCUAAGCUUUAUAGAACUGGUUUAUUCUAUGCUACUCAAUUUGAGGUUGUGGAAGAGCUUUCCGCGCCUGGCUUGAGGAGCCCUGUGAGGGUUGAAGAUUGAGUGGAAAUAUAAACAGCAAAUGAUCUUGCAGCAUCAACACAACUAGAAACUUCAAAGAUGCCUUGAGGUCUUCACAUUGAACUUUGAAGUACAACUCAUUAGAUUGGAUGUACUUUCCCAUCAAAACAUUUUACUCUUUCAUGUUAUUAUGUUGAAUCAAUUUAAUAAUUUUAUGUAAUUUAGCUCUGAAUCUCUGGCUGGUAUUCUUACUAGAAUGUAUAUAUGAUGUUUCACGCAUUGCUAAUGGAGGCAUAAAAUGUUUCUUGUAUUGCUUAUAGAUGCAUGUGGAAAUGGAGUUUUCUAAGCAGUGUUUGGUUAACUUCCUAAACUGGAUGUUGUCUGUUGGAACUCAAUGAUAACAGGGUUCUCAAUCAAUUCUCUAGAACAAAAUUCUUUGUCUUUCUUUACAUAGAUGCGGCACUUAGGGCUUCUUUCCUUCCAAGUUUUCUUCUGCUUCCAUAAUUAGUUCUUGUGCAAAACUGUCUUCUUUAUGUAAAGAACAAGAGAUUCAUGCUCAGAUCAUAAAAUUUGUUAUGUACAUGACCAAUUUUAUUGUAAAUGUACCUGGAGCCAGAUGCUUUUUCUGAAAUUUUAUUAGAAGUGAGUUCAUGAAUGAUGUCCAAGUCACUUUGUCACACAAACAAUAAUCUUUUAUUGGUUGGAUAUAAAGUCAAGAAAUAAGAUCUCAAAUCUCAAUGAGGCUGUCUGAAACCAAACCCCCUAAUUUUACAAUGGGAGCUCUAAUUAUGGAGUGAAACCACCACCAAGUUAAUAAUAGUUACUUUCAUUGGUCUUAAUUUCUUACAUUCUCCUCCAGGAAGAUGGUCAAUAAUUUUCUAUGAUAGCACUUUGAUAACCAUCAGUGGAAAUCCAACUUAUUGAUUGCUUAACUGGAGUUUCAUGUCGUCUAGUUGAAAAACCUAGAAACUUUGAUAACCAUCAGUGGAAAUCCAACUUAAAGAAAAUAAAAGCAUGUACACUAAAUUCUACAAAUUUAUCUAAAAACAAUUGCAGUGAUCAAAACUGAUUCAUCCUUCUUUCCCAUUCAAAAAAAAAAAAAAACUGAUUCAUCCUAAAUUUAAAUGGACUAAAAGCAUAUCCAGUCUUACAAUAUAAGGGUAAAGUUUAAAGAAUUUGAAAAUGAUUAUAAUUUAACUACAUACACACACAAGAUGUAUCAUAUGAGAAAGAUGUUCUUAUAUGAGAAUAUAUCACAACCGUUAGAUCUAAUCAUGAACGAACCUGAUUUUCUACCGAUAUUUAAACUUGCUCAUAAUCU